AUGACGUACAGUGUUCUCCUCCUCGUGUACGUCAUCCUGCAGUUCAUCGCGUUCUUUUUCGUGCUGGUGGCCACGCCCAUCGAGAUGUUUGUGGAAAGAAACCCUCUUCGGAGUAGCUUCCCUGGUUGCUACACGUUGUGGGGUUUUAAAUUCGGCUGCCGAUCGCUUGAUUAUGUGUUCCCAAUAGAUCAGGUAUUCACGGACUGUCCUGUCGUACAGCACCGCUUCCGCGCUGCACAGGCGUUCGCCAUCAUCUCCAUCUUCGUGUACGGCGCGGCGUUCAUCCUGGGCUCGAUAUUGCUGUUCUGCUGUUCUUUCCUCCGCAUGGUCUGCCUGGCGCUGAACAUCGUUGGCAUUGCCACCUUGUGCGUUGUGUGGGCGGCCAUGGCAGUGACGUACAACAACCGAGAAGGGCGUGACUGCCCUGCUCUUAAAAAUCACUGGGCAUAUGGUACCGGCUUUGUUCUCUUUGUGAUUGCGUGGAUACUGGAUAUCAUCAACAUCAUUUUCCUGCUGUUACCUUACGAGGCCAACAACCAUGAUAAAGGUGGAAAGAAUGAUAGAGUGUCCUCGCAGAUGUAG